AUGCAGCAGCUGAGGUGCCUGAACUUCUUUAACCGCAGCAUAGUCGAAAGGACGCGCUGCUUUCCGCCAACAGGCAGUGGAUCAGGCAGAUUCAGAGGCAAUGGUGGAACAACAGAGGUGGAUUUAUCAUGCCCAAGCCAAGCACAGCUGCAUGCAGCUGCAACAGGGCUUCCGCGCAUGUCUCCGCUACCGGGCUCCGUCAUUGUGUGUACGGUGGGAACUGACUCGGGGCUGUGGCUUGGAGACGAUGCAGGCGUCUUGCACACGCUAGACCGCGGCUUUCAGCUAAAGUCUCUGAAGUGCUUCGACAUUUGUUUUGUGGCAAUGCAUGCCGCUGUCUUGGCGAGCUGCAUUGUUUGUAUAGGGCGGGAUGCCCCUGUCGAAAAGCCUGGCGAUGGGGGUGCUUUCAUGGAUGGCUCCGGACAAAUCGACGAACUGCGUGUACGCCAAGGGGUUCUGAAGUACAAGUGCUACAGUACAACUCAAGUAGAUUCCAAGGGAAAUCCUGUGCUUCUCCGCGAAGCCGGUCUUUUCUCUAAAAUUCCAGAACAGCCUUUCAUCUGCUCUGACAUCAAUCAGAACUUCACCAUGUUGGCUGUUGGCACUGAAACUGCAGGAAUUUGCCUUUUCCGCGGCAACUUAUUGAAAGAGAAGACCUGCCGGUUGCGACUGAUGAGGGAAAGUGAUGAACGCAUUGUUAGCGUGCGCUUCCUGACCUCUCCAUCGGAUGCCAAAAUCCACCAUAUGCUUGUGUGCUAUACCAGUUCAGUAACUUGUUACUUUGUACCGCUAAAGGGAGAGCCCAAGGUCGGUUAUAUUGUGCUCAUUGCGCAGGUUUCUCACACAGACAGUGUGCCCCCCGGAUCAACUCUAGUUGUGAGCGCCUUGCCAUCUCUUGGAACGUUCGUUGUACACCAUGAUGAGGGAAUAUUUUGUGUCGAUCCUGAUCAGGGUAACCUGUGGGCCCUCCCAGCAGAAGGUCACUGUCACAUAUUGACUACCCACAAGUCCUAUAUUGUCUCCGUCACGACGCAAGAGGCCUCCGCUGAGACUGAGCUGACGAGUGCAGACGCAGCGGGCGGUUUGCUCCAUGCAUCUGCAUCCCGUCCAUCCCAAAGUGCGCAUCAGAUGCUGACUAUCCACCUCUGCUAUCCGGACCUUCGACUUAUAGCCUACUCAGCACCGAUGCGGGGCGUCCUCCAUGUCGUGUCGGCAAUGGACACUCUCUUUGUAAUCGCUCAAGGGGGUUCGACGGACAGUAACGUGCUGUUUGAUAUGAAAGAAAAAAGCUUUAAUGAGCGUCUCAGCAUCUUGCUGCGGAAGCGGCUCUUUAACUGGGCCGCUGAAGUUGCCCUCCAGGAUCGCCAGCCACAGCAAGUUUUGCAGUUGAGGCUUCUUCAGGAAGUGUAUCGGCUUCAUGGAGAUUGGCUGUAUUCAAAGAACAUGCCUGAGAGAGCAGUGGAAAUGUACAUCAAGACAAUUGGGUGUGCCAUGCAGCAACACACCCUGCUCUUCUUCAAGUGCACUGCCAGACUGAAGGACGAUUCCAUUCUUGCCAGUUUUUUGGAGGACCCGCGCAUCAGCAAGACUUGCUCCCUCACUGUUGCACUUAACGAAUGCCGACUGAAUGGAGACACGGAACUUGCGUGCACGAUAGCCAGCCGCCACGGAUAUCACGAUGAGCAUCUAUCUUUGCUGUUGGAAACCCGUGUCGAAGUCUUUAUUCCGCUGUUUGUUGACGAUUCCGACCUGUUGUUGCUCUUCCUCUCCUUGCUGGUGCAUGGGGUGCAAGUGGCAAGCCGCUUAGUUCGGCAGUAUGAAACCCUUUGCACGGACGCGAAAUUACAGGAGGCGAUAGAAGAGGCUAGGCUGGCUAUUGCAUCCACCCCAUCAAUCUUUGGGUGCAUCCCAUUUUCUUCGCUGCUGGAGUUGCUUUUGCGCAAAUGGCGUGCAACGCAUCGCCCUGCUCUGGACAAUAGUGGUGCUGCCACUUGCUUUCUAGACGGAGCGCGGUCUCCCCAGGGCAUAGAUGGUAAUUGCAAUGUUCCAGAACCUUCUCCUCUGUACGCUGAAAUACUGCUGAAGACCCUCAAAAGCAGAACAAUGACUCACGAAGAGCAAUUUCGCUCAGCUCUCUUGUGCACGAUCUUCGGUUUUGAAGAGGGAAUGAUCCUUGAUCAGAGAGGGACAGAGCGUCAGAUUAGAGAAGUACUCAUGCAUAUUGAGCGGCAUCGUCUACUGCCGCCGCUGACGGUUUUGGAGGUCCUGCAACGUAGCCCGGCCGUUACGCUUGAUGCUGUGAAGACGUUAAUUGUGUUGAUAUCUCGGGGCAUUAACAGGGAGGCAGAGGCAUGCAACACUGAUGAAUUCUUCAAGUUUCUUCGAGGAUCAACAGAUGGGUUUGACUUUAUCUUGAGCUGCUUUGGUCGGGGUUUGUUUCCAUCACGGCUGAAAAGGAUUGGACUUGUGACGAAAGACAUGACGGGUCUGGAUCCCCUUAUUCGGGGUUACGCUUUCGCUGGGGGCAUGACUGGAGACUUGUUAGCGAAUCCCGGACACGCUUUACGCCCUUAA